AUGACCUCUUGCAAUUUCCACCACUACAGAACACAUCAUGCGCGUGCGUACUCGACGAGUUCUGAGUCUAAGAAGACCAUAGUGUUGGCCGCCUCACACACAGGCAAAACUGGCAACAGUCAAUUGUUAUCAGAGUCAGUCCCGUCUAUCACGGUGCCAUCGCAUACAAUGCGUACAAAACCUGCACGUUCAACACCCAGAACGCCUCAAAGUAGGAAAAGGCAUAUACAGGACGUCACACCCAGGGGACAGCUAGACACCAGUCCUCUGCAACCCCAUGGACAGGUGCACUUUGGCCCCAAAGGCACAAAAGGGCCACGCACUGCAGCGAGUCACCAAUUACCGAGCCCACGCGAACACGCAUCGCGAACGGACCAACCGGGAACUGGGGCAUUGGGCGAUGUAGCACUCAACCACACACAGGCUACAGGGGAAGUAGAACGCCUCACGGAGACAGAAGAUGGUAUUCGUGCAAUGCAUGUAUAUGAGAAGCUUGGCCAAGCGGACAAGUGUAUGGAGACCCUGGAGCGUCUGAAGAGCGUCGGUGACACCCUUACGGCUGCCCACUACAACCCAUGCAUAGCCGCAAUCAGUGUGAGAUACCCCUCACAGGCGUACUCGCUCUUCUUGGAGAUGAAGGCGGGUGGUGUGGUGCCGGAUUUGGUGACAUACAAUACCACGAUCGACGUAUUAGCGAAGGCAGGUAAACCGGAUACGGCGCUGGGGUUACUAAAUGAGAUGUCACAGAAUGGGGUUAAGCCCAAUGUGUUCUCAUACAACGCGCUGCUGUCAGGGUGGAGACCGAAGCAACAGCGGUGGACGGACAAUCUAUCGAUGUUUGAUAAGAUGAAGAGUGAAGGUAUCGCUCCGAAUACCGCUACCUACACCGCCGUAAUAGCGUCGUGUGGCGAAGCGCACCGUGCCGGCAAAGCCUUAAAACUGUUCGAAGAGAUGGAGAGCAAGGGUGUUGAACGCGAUACAGGUUCCUACAACGCCGUUAUAAUAGCGUGUGAGACGGUGAAGAAGUGGGAGAAAGUUUUGGGAUUUUUCGAGGGGAUGGCGGGUAGAGAUGUCGAACGCAACACGAUCACCUACAAUGCCGCAAUCCUGGCUCAUGAGAAGGUAAAAAAAUACCAAGGAGCUCUUGACCUGUUCAAUGAGAUGGAGAACAAAGGUAUUGAACGCAAUCCAUCUACGUAUACAGCCACGAUAUCGGCGUGUGAGAAGGGGGAUCUAUGGGAAGAAGCGCUGAAGGUGUUCUCGGAUAUGAGGGGUAGAGGAUUGUUCAACGGCGAUACAGACACGCUUGUCGCCACUAUAUUGGCUUGUGGGAAGGGGAAGCAGUGGCAGAGAGCUCUGGAUCUUCUGGGUGAAAUGAGGACCAGAGGAAACAAACGAACAAAGGUGUACAAUGCCACAAUUGCCGCCUGUCGCCGGGGCGGCCAAUGGCAGAAAAUGAUCGGUCUUAUUAGCGAGAUGAAAGGCAAGGGUGUCAUACGCGAUAAACACACGUACGUCCCUGCAAUACUGGCGUGUGGGAAGAGGGCCAGGUGGCGGGAAGCGCUGAGUUUGUUUCAUGACCUGAAUAAGGAAGAUAUAAAACGCAGCACAGCCGCGUACGAUGCCGUCAUAUGGGCGUGUGGCGAGGGCAAGCAAUGCCAGACAUCCGUGGCACUAUUCGAUGAAAUGGAUGGCGUAGGGGUUAAGCGGACGACGAACACGUACAACGCCCUUUUAUCAGCGUGUAAGGUGGGGGACCAGUGGGAGAAAGCGUUGCAUCUGUUUAACGAGAUGAGUAGUUUAGGUCUCAAACAGGAUACGGACACCUACAGCACCACAAUAGCGGUGUGCGAAAGGAGCGGGCGAUGGCAGAAGGCGUUGGAAUUGUUCGACGAGAUGGCUGGUAAAAACAUUGAACGCAACGGGGAUAUCUACACGGCCACAAUAGCAGCGUGUGGGAAGGGGAAGCAGUGGCAGAGAGCGUUGGAGCUUUUGGCCGAGAUUGACACCAAGGGAAUCAAGCGCACAAAGGUGUACAACACCACCAUCGUGGCCUGUCACCAGGGGGGACAGUGGCAGAAAACCAUAAACCUCAUCAUCGAGAUGGGAAGUAAAGGUAUCCUGUGCAAUGAAAACACAUACGCACCCGCCAUACUAGCGUGUGGAGAGGCGGCCAAAUGGCAGGAAGCCUUGGCACUGUUUGAUGAGAUGAAGAGCAAACGUAUCAAGCUCAGUACGACCGCAUACAAUGCCAUUAUAUCGGCAUGUGGAAAGGGGAAGCAAUGGCAGAAAGCUAUAGUUCUAUUCAAUGAGAUGGAUGACGUCGGGGUUAAACGCAGUAGGAAGACGUAUAACGCCAUACUAUCGGCUUGUGAGAUGGGAAGCCAGUGGGAGACGGUUCUGCACCUUUUCAGCGAGAUGGGUCGUAUUGGAAUUGUACGUGACACGGACACGUACAGUACCACACUAUCGGCCUGUGAAAAGGCGGGGCGGUGGCAGAAGGCUUUGGAAUUGUUCGAUGAGAUAGAUGGCAAAAAAAUUGAACGCAACGAAGCCAUUUACCAAGCCGUACUAGCCGCAUGCAUAACUGGGAAGAAGUGGCAAAAAGCUAUGUCACUCUUUGAAGAGAUGGAGGCGAGGGGCAUACAACGAGGUAGUUCUUCUACUUACAACAUGGUCGUGCGAGCACUAGAAUUUGAUCGGAUACCUAGCUGACAUACCGGUCCGUAGUAUCACUAGGAAAUAAUAGGCAUAUAAGGUAUUUGAAAUCAGGACAAUCAUCCUCAGUACUAUACCGUGAGCAC